CAACUGUUCUACCGCAAUUCUUUUCGUUCGAGUGGUGCGGGUCGAAAGUGAUCGUAUCCCGCUGCGGGCCACAUUCCGAUCGGCGUUGCGAAGUGGUAGCCCGAGGAGUUGAAAUCUUCAUUGAAAAUUACACUCCUGCAUCUCUACCGCCGCUGCUCCCACAACCCCCCGUGUCGAACACCAACGGCAGCAGACACCGACGACGAAAAGGUUGGAGCAGCGCAACAAAGACCUAAACAGCCGCAACUGCAAUCGGACUGUCCCACUCGGACCCAUAUGGUUUGCGCCCCAAUUUCACUGCGACCGUGUGCCCCGUGACCAACACCAUCAUGAAAAUAGCACCUGAGGCGUAGUGUUUUUCCACCAGUGCAGUGACGCGGGGGUGCCGACCACCCACCUCCGCGCUCCUCCGUUCCGGCGAAAUUCAGUGAAAUUCUGUACAGUUCAUGCAAACAGCAACCUGCUGCAAGAAUUGCACUUAUCAUUCGACAAGCAGGCUCUGAAUGAAGAGCUUUCAUGCACCCAUCUUCUGAUGGACCGCUGACGAUGGGUGCAUGUUUGCAUGUGUGCACGGGAGCAAUGUUUUUGUUUUGAUUUUUCCGACAUUCCGUCCGCAAAUCGUCGCGGAAGCUUGCUUUGGAAUGCUUUAGAGACAUUUGCCCCUGCCAUCCCGGGGAUAGGCAACAGUGUUGGACAGAAAGUGGACGGUGUUUACGAUUCGAACAGGUCGCUGUCGUACCGGUUAUUUUGUCAGUUGGACGGAAGAGGAAGCAAUGAACACACAUCGCCCACACCAGCACGGUCACGGCGGUGGUGGCGGUGGGGUUGGUGGUGCAAUGCCAAAUCUUCGCUUCGAAGAAGAUAAGCUGUCCUGGGAGAACGCCAUCCGAGCGUACAAUGCAAAUGAUCCGCUGGACCUUUGGUUCAACUACAUCAACUGGUACGAACAGAACCGGGCGUACGAUCGCGUGGACAAUCUGCGCUCGAUUCUGGAGAAAUGUUUGACGCUUUAUCAAGACAACGAGAGCUUCAAGCAGGACGUACGGAUGGUAAAACUAUGGUUGAAAUACAUCGACAUGCAACAGACGGCGGGCAGCUACUACCAGAUGCUGUACAAGAAGAACAUCGGCACACAGUGCGCCUGUUUCUACAUCGCAUGGGCGCACUAUUACGAUGCGAUUAACGGGUUCAAGCAAGCAGAAUCCAUAUACAAUCUGGGAAUGCAGAUGAAGGCACGUCCGAUGGAAGAACUGCUGGAAGCCCAGCGAAACUUUCGCCAAUCGCUAGCCGAUCGGAGCUUGUACAGUGAUUCGAUGCCGAAAAAACGAUCUGCCAGUACGCUGCAGGUGGAGCAAAGGCAGCAGAUCGUGUCGCACAGCCCACCGCAGAAAAAGUUGAAACAUGAGACCUCCGGCGUAGUCGAAUAUCAAUACACGGAACAAGCGAAUUCUCAGGUUCACACCCAGGCUCCGGCAAUCCACCCAGCGAAUGGUACCCUUACUUCGGAGGUUCCUCAAGCAGCACCCAGCACGAGUGGUGCUGGUGCAUCGUCCUAUGUAAACCACGCUUACUAUCACCAGCAGCGAACCACGCAGCAUGCUAUCGCGCAGCAGCCAGUACAUCAACAACAGGUGGCCCACACGUCCACUAACACUUCAAGUAUGUCGGUCCAGGGCCAACAACCGUACUACGCAAAGCAACACAAUGGUAUCUUCUACCCGAGUAAUGGGCAGCACAACGGAUAUCAACAGCCAAUUGAGACUACCGUACAGACCUCUCUGCCCUCUGUCGCACCGCCAGUUGUUGGCUCCAAUCAUAAUCAACUCCCGCAUGAUGUCGAGCCGUCCGCCCAAGAAACUUACGAUUCCUCGCAACAGCACGUACCAUAUCAGCAAACCGAGGACAGCACUCGAUUGGAAGAACCAUGUGGCGAACCACCGGUCGAUGCGAAUGACAGUCUGGACGAUAGCUUAAUUGAAUGUAAUCUCAAUAAUUCUGCCUACGUUAUUACAGCCUCGUUAAGCUACGUGUACGACGACAGUCUGGGCGAGUAUACGCUUGGUGAAACGACAGGCCAGCCAACGAUAGUAGAAGCAUGUGAUCCGCCACCGCAGGCUGCAACGGAGGAAACAUCGCACCCCAGCGAUGGAGGCAUCCGACUGCCAGCGAACUUUGUCCGUGAGGCAAAAUCCAACCACGAAACCUGGGACGUCCCGCUAUGUCUGGAGGAACCGUACGAUCCGAAGCGACGCUGCUGCUACCCGAAGCGGCUGGUAUAUCCGGACCUGCAUGCCGAUCGACCGACCAUGGAGUUUUCGCUGGAGGAAAUUCGAGCACAGCGAUGGCACGCUCGUAGACGCCAAGAGCAGGAAACACAACUAUCGGAGGCAAAGGAAAAAGUUGCGCAAAGACAAGUGCAAAUGAAAUAUCCUCAGCAGCAGCAGCAACAGCAGCCACGAAUUUAUCAACAGCAAUAUCCGAGCUCGUCCGGUCACCAGCAGACGCACAAUCAGCAUGGACAUUCCGGGCAGCCAGAACUACCAAACUACCAGCAGCAACAUCAACAGCAGCAUCAGCAGCAUCAGCAGCAGCAGCAGCAGCAGCAGCAUCAGCAGCAUCAGCAGCAGCAGCAGCAGCAGCAGCAGCAGCAGCCGAUGCGCCAGGGUUCGAUUCAGCAUACUAGUAAUUUCUACCAUCAGCAACAGCAGCAGCCGCACGGCCCUUACCAUGGCUACAAUGGAUAUAACGGUUCCCCUGGUAGCGGUCAGAUAGUUUCCCAAACAAUGCCCCAGCCUCCCGUGCAGACGAACCAAUUAAUGCAGACCCAGACUUAUCAACAGUCUGCAGGUUUGUAUCAUCAAACGGUAAUACAAAAUCAUGGUCAACAUCAUUCACCAGUACAGCAGCAGCACCACCAACCGCAGCAUCAGCAUAUGCACCAUCAGCAGCAGCAUCAUAAUCAUCAUCAACAUCAGCAGCCGCAGCAGCAGCACCACUCUCCGGUUCCAGCAUCACAGUUGAGUUCCCCGACACCGACGACUGCGAAUGCCGUGCAACCAUAUCCACACUCGCAUCAACAGCAAUACGCAUCGCCUCUGUGCCACUCGCCUAUGCAUUCGCCUCCAAUGCCAUACCAUCAACAGCCAGCCCAACGGCAAUACGAUGGAUAUAGCAAUAGUAGUAACCAAAACUAUGCUAGGCAGCAUCAUCAUCAGCAGCAGCAGCAGCAACAACAGCAUCAGAGACCUCCUGGUGCUGGCUCAUCAGCUCCGCAGCCCCAUCCGCACCGAAACUCGUACCAAACGGUGGCGGCGAAUGUGCCCCCCUACGAAACUAAUGUUUCCCACAGCCCGGCACACGGUCAGCAUGUACAGCCGAUGCUGGCGGGAGGAUCGAACCAUCAAAACUAUGCGAUAACCUCGCAGUCACCGAUCGUGAGCAACAACAAUACCGCUCCGCAUGUAUACGCAACCGUGGUCAACAAUCACCAGCAUCAUGUUCAUGUUCAUCAGCAGCAGCAAAAUCAGCGGUACCAGCAAGACGGAAGCUUGGAAGUUUCUUUGCAGCAGUCUCAUCAUGGCAAUGUUCAGCAGAAACAGCAGCACGUUUCGCAUACGCAAUUCCAUCCGCAGCAACAGCAGCACCAGCAGCACCAGCAGUACAAUCAUGCGCCUGAGCAGACGAAAGUGCAACAGGAGUAUCAUACGCAACACCACGUCCCACAUGGCCAAGGGCACGCUCAACAGCAGCAGCAGCAGCAGCAUCGUCACCACCACAACAAUAAUAACAACAAUAAUGGUAAAUACAAUUCCAACGACUGUGAUGAUAUCGAGGAGCAGAUCGAAGCGUCGACGAUACGCUUUUCUACCCCGACGGAGAAUGGGACCAGCAAGAGCAAGACGAUUACGAUCAAAUUCAAGAAGGAGAAAGCGUCGGGCGUCGGUUCGCCGUUGGCCACUACCGGAAGUGAAGGGUCCGUCCGAAGUCCCUACCAGAACACGGACCACCAGCAGCAACAGUAUUCGAUCGGAGGCGAAAGUAUUGUGGCGGGUAAAAAGCACGUCAAGCACAUGUCGAAGGAAGAAGCUGGUAUGGGAGCAAGGAAAGGCAAGGCAGUGUCUGCGGGUGGGAAAGGUGCUUGUCGAUCGAAGCACACGAAGAAGAAGAGCCACGCCGCGGAUGCGGAGGACGAUGACGAUGUGUCACUUGUGCAUCUGCUUUCGCGUUCGGUCGAUGGGGAGAAGGACGAAGAUUCGUCUUUUUCGGUGCAAUCGGUGCCGGUAGGGUGUGGUGGUUCGGCGGGUUCUUCGUCAUCGGCGAAGAAGAGUAAAAUAUCCAAGCGCUCGAAUUCGAAGAAAACGGUGGCGAAAGCGAGGCGCCCCGAACGGUACGAGCUGGAGGAGGAGUAUCAGGUGGAAGACGAUGCCGACGAGGACGGCGAUGAGGACGGAGUGGAUGCCGCCUAUGCGGACGACGAGGAUGAGGACGACGAUGACGAGGACAACGAGGAAGACGAUGGCGUGCAGGAUGAUGAUUACUAUGAGGAGGAAGAGGAAGAUGAAGAGGACGAGGAGGUGCACGAUAACGACGAGGACGAUGAGGAUGACGAGGAAGAAGAGGAAGAGUUCUACGGUGUGGAAGAGGAGGAAGAAUCCAGCAUUGAAGAUGGCAUGUCAGGGCGGGUUGUUAAGAACGGCCGCCGUGGUAGUGGUGCUAGCAGGGGAGUGGGAGGAGAACCUACGAAGCGAAUCGUCCGUCCAGACGAGGACGACUCGUCGUAUCAGUCGAAUUCGGAGUUCAACACGUCAUUCAGCAACAUUUCCUUCGCCGGCGACAACAGUAACGGUCCUUUCCAGUACGGAAGCGGUGGUGGCGGCGGCGGCGGAGGUGGAGGUGGUGGCAGUGGCAGUGGGGCUGGAGGUGGUGGAAGUGGUGGGGGUGGUGCUGGUGGUGGAGGAAGCUUCUCGAAAACGUCCACUCCGGUCGGUUCGUUUCGGUACCUUAGGAAGCAUGAAUCGAACCUAUCGAACCUGGGCCAGAACGAGGACUCGAUGAACUCGACCGUCGUGGAGAGUAGCUUCUUCCAGGCGGGCGAGCACGAUGAAGAGGCCCAGCGACGCCGGCUCGAGAAGGCGCUGGCCACGAUCGAGACGCACCUGGCGCGGCCUUUCAUCGAUCCUUUCAACAGCGAGCUGUGCCGGGCGUUCCUGACCAAGGUAGACUUUCCGGCGCGGGGCCGCGAGCCGUCCGACGAGGAGCACCCGUACUGCAUCACGCACGCCAACCUGCCGAAGCUGGUCAAGGGCCAGACGACGAAUCUAGGCGGGACAGCCUACAGCGUGGAGAAAGAGGUGGGCCGCGGUUCAUACGGUUCUGUGUUCCGGGCGGUUAACACCCAGACGGGGGCCGUCGUGGCGAUCAAGUAUCAGAAGCCGGCCAACACCUGGGAGCUGUACAUUUGCACGGAGGUGAAAAAACGCUUGACUAACGAUGUCAUGCUCCCGGGGUUCAUGGAUAUCUGUGACGCCGUCAUUGCCCCAAAUGCGAGCGUGCUCGUGUCGGAGUUUUCACAAUACGGAUCUCUGCUGGACAUUAACAACAAAAUCCGCACGGCGACAACCAAGGUAGUAAUGCACGAAUCUCUGGUGAUGCACUUCAGCUGUCAAAUUCUGUCAAUCGUAGAGUAUCUGCACGCCUGCAACAUCAUCCAUGCGGACAUCAAGCCGGAUAAUUUCCUGUUAAUGAAGAUUCCAUCUCGCGAUCUGGAAGCACCAACGAUUCGACUGAUUGAUUUCGGCUGUGCCAUCGACAUGAAUUUCUUUGAACCAAAGCGACAAUUUAAGAAGGUUAUUCAAACGGAUGGCUUCACCUGUAUCGAGAUGCAAGAGGGUCGUCCGUGGUCCUUCCAGACGGAUCUGUUCUGCGUGGCCGGGACGAUCCACGUGAUGCUGUUCGGCGAGUACAUGCAGAUUGUGAAAAAAUACGAAUGGGACAUCAAGCAGAAGCUGCCCAGGUAUUUGAAAAAGCACGUCUGGACGGAGGUCUUCCAGAAACUGCUUAACAUUAAGGACAUUGAUCAUAUGCCGAGUCUGCCGAAGCUGCGCGAGCUGAUCAACAGCGAGGCGUACAAAAUGGACUCCGAGCUUACGAAGCACAUCCGUACGCUAUCGAAUCUGCUAAAGAGUCGAUAGACGGGGGUGUGGGAACCCAAGAAGCAUGCGUUCAAUUUAAUAUGCGCUCCACAACCGCGGCACAUGCAAGUAGUACAAGUGGUAAGGAUAAAAUUCUCCAUUUCGCCCCCGUCGUAAAGACAUUAGCGAUUUGUAAAGCGUUUUAAGGACAGACGAGUAGGAUAGCACUAUCUACCCUUAAUCGAUUAGGAGAAGGCGUCGUGUCUUUAGAUGAAGAAUUAUUGUAAAGGGGUGUAUAUUCCAAAGAUUUAGUUUGUUUUCCCUGCAUAGUGUGUUCCUUCUAAACCAUACUCUCUCUCUCUAUCUUGCUGCUUUCUGCAGCUUUCAUCUCAUAGGUUGCAAUUAGGGAUAUGUAUGAUUAUAUUAGACAAUUAUCGACCCAUUUUUCAUGUCCAUCCAUACCGGCCCGGAAAGCCCAGGGCGCACUGUCUUGAUUUCGAAAAAAUAGUUGGGAAAUAAUUUUUUCUGUGCACUUUUAUUUAGUUUGAUCGUUUAGCGUCAAUCUUUAGAAUCGAUUGUGCGUGUCCAAUACGCAAUCAAACGGCAAUUUAGGAAUUUAGCUAUCCUAGUGCUACCCGUAUCCUUUCAUCCUUCGGAUUUCUGAUCAUUAUUCUGCACGUUCGAUCUUAAAUUAUCGACCUACUUGUCGUGACUGUAAAUAACUGACGUCAGAAAAGAACUACUAUUAGAAUAGUUUAAUGCAAUAAAUUCUAGCGAUUGCGAGAAAUCAACUGUGCACAUCCUAUUUGUAUGAUUGUUGCGUGCCUGUGUAUCUGUGUGUGUGUGUGGGUGUGUGUACAUGUUUGGUUUGUUGAAUAAAUAAGGUGGUAACAAAAGUAGGCGACUUAAGAAUGCAAAAAAAGAACAAAAACAAACGGACUGACCGGUUGCCGGUGGUGUUCUAGCGAACCCUCAAAACCGUUUUGCAAACUCCAAAGGACAUACGGGAUUUGUUUUCGUCGGCACGGCCAGCGGAGAGUUUCGUGCAGUUCAACGUUGUGUUCUCGUCUCAUAAACUGCCGACUGACUAGGAAAUACGAAUAAAGCUUGGAGGCCUCAACUGCGCGCGUGAGAAGAACAAACGGUAGAAAGUUUACCGUGCGCCGGUAAGAAAAGUCGACAAGAACCGAAAUACCGAAGUUAUAGACAGAGGCAAUCCGGGGUAGUUGAAUACUAUGAUGAUGGUGGGGUGGGGAUGAUAAUAGACGUGAGAGAUAGCGCGCAGCAGAUAAUGGAUGGAUGGGUAUGGCUAUUAAAGGAAUAAGCGAGUGAUAAUGUUGUAGUAAUGCAAAGAGUUAUAUAAAAUCAACCGAUGGUGAGAUCGACGAUGUAAUCAAUAAAAGUAUGGAGCAAAUCGUAACGCAACGCCGAAUUUGAUUGAACAGUGUUGAAAGAAAAAGAAAUUUUCGAAGCAAGCAAAGAGAAAACACCGAUAUUGCUGUACCGUUUAUGUCAAAUGACACUCACUUUAUUACA